AUCGGAUCUCGCGAGGAGGGAGCGAAGGACGACCAUUGCUUUCGCGUCUACAUCACCACUUGUCUUCUAUCGCAACGCAAAGCACUUUUGUUUUUCUGUAACUCCGUUUUUGCGUAUCGCAAGCCGCCCUCCAGUGUCAGUCAUGAUGUCCCGCGUCCUCGCUUCGGUUGUGCUGGUGGCCCUGGUGGGUGUGGUGACGGCGGGCGAGGGCAGCCUGAGAUCUCUGCAGGGGGAGAACUGCUAUGUGACAAUCUCGAAGGAUCCGGUAACGAACACAAGCACCGCACUCAACAGACAGAUCUCUCCCUCCCACCCACUCCUCCAUGUGACUUGUGUGGUCCCUCUCCCCUCCCCUCUGUGUGCUUGUCUUUCAGGACCUGCGCUCGAUGUUCGCCAUGAUAGCGCUUGCGAGCGGCCAACGUGAGACCCUCGAGACGGCUCCCGAUCUGACUGUGUUCGCUCCCAUCAACGAGGCCUUCGCCGACGCGCCGCCCACCCUGUCCCAGCAGGCCCGCGACCCCGCCAACGCCGAGCUGCUUAGCACCCUUCUGCAGUACCACACCAUGGAGAGCGAGGUGGCGUCAGCGGAGGCCAUCGAGGGCGACCUCGCCACUCCUGCCGGCCUGGACAUCCCCGUGACGUCGGGCGACGAUGGUCCGGUGCUGGGCAUCGAGCCCUUCCAGGCCAGAAUUGUGGGUGAGCCCGUCAAGGCCAGCAACUGCGUCAUCUACAAGAUUGACAACGUCCUCAUCCCUGAGGCCAUCUACGACACCGUCGACCCCAAGGUAACUAUCCACGACACACCCACACCCACACCACACCCGCAACACACCCACACACCCAAACUGUCUUGUCUCUCUGUUUGUGCACACGUGUGUGUGUGUGUGUGUGUGCGUUGGCUGACUUCACUUCAGGACCGGCCGAUUUUCACCAAGAAUGGUUGCCUGUGCAAGUUCGAGUUCGAGCUGAACGGCGAGAAGCUGACCAAGUGCACGACGGUGGGCAACCCCGAGCCCUGGUGCAAGACCCAGCGCGGCUGCGGCGAGGAGUACGGCGGCUACUCCUGGGACGUCUGCGACUGCAAUGAGGACGGGAGCGGCGAAGGCAGACCCAACGCAUGCUAAGCUGACCCGGCCGGCGACGUGACGAGUCACGUGACUUUUGCUCUGCCUGCCUGCAUGUGUGUGUGUGUUGGUGCGUGUGGAUGCGUCGAUGGAUGGGCGCCUUUUUUGUAUACGUUCCUUUGCUCCGUACAAUCGCAUCGCAUGGAGGCGUGUGUGGCUGACUGUCUUGUCUGUGUGGGUGGGCACACGGAUGGAUCCAUGCCACACGGGUGGACGAUCGGUCCAUUCUGGUCGCAGUUUCGUCUUUUCCCCUUCUCCCUCCCUCUCUGCCUGCCUCCCUGCCUGCCCUUAUCCCUUCUCUGUCUGUCUGUUGCAAACUAUUCAGAGAUCCUCACCUUCACCAUAUUUAAGUAUUGACGACGAGCGAGCAAAGCAGCGAGAGGGCGGUCAUCGGUUUUGAUAAAGCACCGCAGCGGGGGCCUCGAACGCAGUGUGGUCCUCCUGUGUGUGCACUGGGGGGGUGCAUGUGUGGGUCUCUUUUCGCCGCCCUCUCACUCGACAGACAAGACAGACAGACCGUUCAUUGAUCAGUUCAUGUCGGCUGACUGAAGCUUUUCUGUUCCCUUCAUCGCGUCCUUCCUGACGUUAGCCACGUUGCUGUCGACCCAGCGACGUGGCCCUCGUCUGGCGAGGUGCGAGAGAAGGGGAGAGAGACAGCUUCUUCGCGCGGAUCAAUAAGCUUCGUUCGUUUAUCAUAGAGGGGAUGGAUGGAUGGACAGAAGGACUUGAGAGUGAGACUGCAGUGACUGAGUGAAAGCACUUUUUUCGUGUACAUUAUCGUAAUCGUGCAGGAGAGUGGCUGCGUCUCAUCCAUGUCAUCUUAAGGUGACAUUAACCACAUGCGCCAUC